AUGCACAUACUGGAGUAUAUGGAGCGUACAAUCCUUCUGUUGUCCAAGAAUCAGAAAAGUUUGGAAAAGCUCGUACAUAGGAUUAUAGAUUCAUCCACGGAAGUGUGCAUCGCGUCCAAAGAGAGCAGGCGGUCUCAGAGAAGUGACAUUUCUGGGAUGAACAACGCGCAUACGAUGAUUAGCAUAGGAGGUGUCUCCCUCUGA